AUGCUUUGAUGAUGCUAAAGACAUACAUUGAACUUUAGUAAUACAUUUAAAUAAAGUGUAAUAUAUUAAAUCGGUGAAUAUGGCGCUUGAAAAAUGCGGGAGUGUUUUUUCGUCCGCUAGAUGGCUCUACUCCCGAGCUGCAAAACUAAGACCGCAGAAAUGGGCUGUCUGCUUCGCCGAUGUGACCGACAGUUUUCCAUCCCACUGGACAUUUAUUCCUGUUGUCAUCAACAAGCCAGACAUGUUUGAAGAAGUCCCCUGCCUAAGUCAGUGUCUCAAUGACUGACCCCUUCCUUCUCCGUCUCGCGUGGGACACCUAGAAUCUCAUAUUCCCAGGGGUUACGGAGGAGUACGACACAUGUGUGUUGAUUGCAGGGAAAGUGACUACACGUUCCAUCUGUUUAUCUUUUCCUCCCGUCCACAACAUACUUGAAGCAGUGGGCUGCUUUUCAGAGACGCAUUUUCAGGAGAAAUGGAAAAGCAAGAACUGAUCUGCUGCCUGGUAUUAGUUUUUCCUGCUGUCUGUUUGCAAAGUCCCACCGAUUGCAGUGAAGUUCAGAAGCUGUUCCACUUAAAUGAAAUUGGACCGAUAAAAACAGUGCCUGAAACCCCUAGGACGGGGAGUGAUCUUCAAGUGUGUGACUCCCUCAGUCUAACAUGCUGUACCAAAAACAUGGAGGUGCGGUACCAGACGGCAGCCCAAAAGAAUGUUCAGAAUUUACUCCAGAUGACCAGCUCCAGCCUGAAGACUUUAAUUUCUGGGAAUGUUGCUGAAUUUCAAGAAAUAUUAAAGAACCUCACCAGGCAGACAGAGUAUUACAUCAACUCGCUGUUUAACAGCACCUACCAGAAUAUCCCCCCAGAAGCCAAUGGCCUCCUCAGGGAGCUUUUCACCGACAUUGGCCUGUUUAUGUUGGGCUCUGAGCUUGGCGUGGAGGUCAGCGUCUACCGUUUCUUUGAUGGCCUCUUCCCACUGGUCUACAAUCACCUCAUCAACCCUGGUUUGACCGGCAUCUCCUCGGUCAACGCCGAGUGCAUCCGUUCGUACCGCCGGCCACUGAACCCAUUCGGAAGUUUCCCCAAACAGCUUGCGGAUGAAGUCAGGCGCUCCCUCCUCCCCACACGUGUUUUCCUGCAGGCCCUGAACCUGGCCAUCGAGGUCAUCAACACCACGGAUCACCUUCAGUGCAGUGCGCAGUGCACGCAGGCUUUACUCAAAAUGCUCUACUGCCCACACUGCCAGGGUCUGACGCAGAGCAAGCCCUGCAUGGGCUACUGCCUCAAUGUCAUGCGUGGCUGCUUGGCCAGCGUGGAGGAGAUUGAUGGCCAAUGGAGGGAGUUUGUCCGCUCUGUGGAAGAAGCAUCCAGUCGUUUGCAUGGCGCCCAGGAGCCAGAACAGGCCCUGCUGGCAGUGCAUUUGCCCAUCAUCAACGCAGUCAUGCAUGCUCAACGAAAUGGGCCCAAGCUCUCAGCUCAGGUUCACAAGGUGUGCGGGCACGCCGACAGGACAGCGGGCGAGUCGGUCAGCAUUCAGCAGGAGGGCAGCUCCGCCGGGGCCCCGAGACAAGCUGCCCGAAAGACUUUCAGUAGCCAGAGGAAGGAGUUUGUCACCAGUCUGAGACACUACCGUACGUUUUAUGCUGUCCUGGCAGACAGGCUGUGCGUCAGCGAGCUGGCCUCGAGCGACGGGAUGUCAUGCUGGAAUGGCGCGGAUGUCGUUAAAAGCUACACCCUUCGGGUGGUGGACAGCGGGAUUAAAGCCCAAGCUGUAAAUCCGGAGGUCAUAGUAAAAGGCCCUGACCCAGUGAUGCAUCAGAUCAUCGACAAACUGAAGCACGUCAAUCAGCUGCUCCAGGGGAAAGCCAUUCUGGCGAGUGGCAUGUUGGACGUGAUUGAGAAGGGCAGUGGGGAACCGGACCUGCUCUCCAGUGGCGACUGCGAUGAUGAGGACGGCUGCGGUGCAUCGGGCCACGGCGAGGCGGGGAAGCCGAUGCAAGUAGCUGAGCCACAGACUCCAGACAAGGUGAACGAUCGCAGAAGGAGCAGCACGCAGAUGAAGACCGUCGGAGCAGAUUUGGAAUCGGCCAGUGGACACGAGACUAGAGUUGGUCUGCUGACCCUCACUCUGCUAUUCAUCAUCGCCCAUCUGUGUGGCUAAAGCCAGCAGGCUUUUGGUUCACCAGUGCAAAGUGAUACAGAUGGAUGACAUUUUAUGGGGAUAUAGGUGAUAUACAACAUUUUUUAAAGCUCCCCUUUGAUGACUGAUUUGAGGGGAUGGGUUAGUAAAAGGCCAUUUGUGAUCAUUUACAGGACAAAACGCAUUCUGAGUGUUUAAAUGUAGCCAUGGUGAGGCUGUGGGUCUCUGUUCUUCUCAUCUAGCCAUAAUCAGCCUGAUCUUUCCUCUACAUAUAAAUCUGCAGAAUGUUAAAUGUACGUAUUUUAAAUAUUUUACAAUAUACUGCAAAGUACAGAGGACAGAUAUAAAUAAUCACGGUAACACAGUGCUGCAAUUAUUAAACAGGUAUAAUUAUAACCUUCACAUUUUUAAUACAUGUAAUACAAUGUGCUAAAAAGUUAAGAUAAUAUCACUGUUUUUUUCCCUAAAACAAGAGUAAAAUGUAAUUUAUAUGUUGCAUCUGCCACUGUAUUUAUUUUCAGUGGAGUAAAAAGAAUUUGGUAUUUUAUGCAUUCAAGAGAAAUAAUUGUCUCUCAGGGCAGGAAUAAUUCCAUUUCUUAAUUGUGUGUAUUUGGUUUUCCCUGGAAUUUCAUCCUAUUCUGCUGCUUCCAGUUCUGCAUCAGACUUGGGGAAGGCGACAGCCCCCGCACCGUCGCAUCUCACUGAAAAGCGGCCUCUCUGGCCGUCUGUCGAGUGUCCCUUCCAAGCUCCAAGCUGAUCGCAUACUUAAUUACUGUAGGUUGCAAAGCACUUUUCACUGCCCCUGUGACCCUGUACUCAUGGGACAGUGGUUACGACGUCGUGGCCGUGCAAUGAAAUUCCGCAAUUCAGUGCAUCACCUACAGAGGCACCCCUACGCGGCUUGGCCCUGUCGCUCUGCGUGUAACUUUCCUAAUCAGGUAGAAGAGGGUAAAUUAAUAUGCGUGUACUUCAGAGAGGACUCCGCUCAUCUGUCAUUCCAGGAAAGGAGAAUGCAUAUAUUUAUGUUACCGCUUAUUUUUAAACCUAAUUUCUUUUUCUUUUAUUUUUCUUUUUUCGAGUUUAUUUAUUUAUUUAUAUUGAUUGCUUUAUUAAUUAUUAGUCAUGUCAUAUUACUGUAAACACUGCAAGUUGUUACAGGUCUUUGGGCAAGAGUGUAAAAAUAUUGAUUUGAUGGGGAAAAAAAUAAUAUAACCUUUAAUAUCAAAUGUUUUGUUUAUGUGUUUUGUGUAAGGCCUCAUAUUGAAAACUCCAAAAUGAUACUUAAAUAUAAGAUCAUUAAAAAUCUUCUGUGAGACAUGAAUACAAUGGCAUGUUGUGAAAUGUAGAAAAUGUCAUUGGAAUGCUGAGUAAUUCAUACAUUUAUUUAUAAGUGAAGAGUCUAAGCACCAGGGUGUAGUCUUAUGCGAUAUCAACAAUACAGAAAACAAAUGUUAGUGAAGAAGCCAAAAGAAAAGUCAUUUAAAUUCACACAUAGAGUUUAGCUACGCAUAAGCGAUGACUGCAAACACAAAACAGAAGAAUCAGGAGAGCAAAGCAGUACAAAAGAUAUAAAUGCUAAGUGCUUCAACGUUACCUGUAAUGACUUUAAGUUAUUGCAUACAUGCAAUUAUUUUUUAGUACUUUUCUUAUUUUAAUACUUGUUUGUUAUUUUUUUGUAGGUUGAAAUUAUGUAUGGGGAGCAUGUAUGGAAAAGGUCAGUAGGCUGUAAUCCUUGUCAAUCAUUUUGUUGUUCUGGAAAGAAUUUACCCUCUGCUUGCCUAGCAGGGUUGAGAAAAUCUCUAUAUCCACAGAAGGCGUUCUGUAACACUGUAGCUUUGCACUCGGCCUCUAGGCUAAAUAUGGGUGGAAAAAAUGCACUGGGUGAAAGUUGAUUGGGAGGGAGUGCAGUGGGUUUCCUGGGUGAUUCAGCAAUAACAGCAGUGAGUGAGAGAGAGAGUCUUCAGUCGUGCCGUUUAGCAUGGAAGGCUUCUGACCGCAAAAAUGCCAGAAGAUGCAGCUGCGGCUUUAUGAAAGUCGUAUUUCAGCUGGCAGGAAUAUUUACGCACACUGCUUGAUAACUAUUCUGCAAUUUAUUAAUAACACACAACAAAACUUUUUCACAUUAAAAAAUAUUGUCAUGAAAUAGAAACCUCUAUUUGGUUUCAAGAUGCAGCUCUAUUGGUAAUCUAUAUGCAUUGCUUGUAUGCGCUGAUAUUAAUUAUUUUGAAAAUGCUAACUCUAAAAAGAAUGUGUGCAAUAAAUGUCACUUUUUUGCAA